AUGGCGGGCACAAGAGCAGCAGUGAUGAAGCUGGCGGUCGUCCUCCUGGCUAUGAGCCAGCUCGUCCACAUGGCGACGCCAACGGCGGAUCCGACGACUGCAUCGUCUCUGCUGGUUACCAGCGUUUACCCUUAUGGGGGAGUCAUUUCUAAACCCAGCCCUGGCAUCAGGGCAGAGAAGGUGCUGCUGGAUGCGGCCAAGCCAAGCAUCCCUGUCCCUCCGCCUCCUCCCCACCUCAUCCUACCGUGCAAGGGAAGAACCUGCUAA